AAAGAUGCACAGCAAAUUUUCUCGCUGAUGCGUGACGACUUCCUGUUUUAUAACGGCGAAGAAACGGUGAGUCUGUCUAAAUUUACACAGGAACAUCUGAACAGUUGAAUGCAGUCGUUGGACAUCACUUCUGCUGAACUCCUCAGUCCUUUAUUCAGGUUUAUUUCUCCAGUGCAGCCGUUUGUCAUACAUCAUGAUGAGCAAAAUGUUCCUGAGUGUCCUCUUUUUUACAAUUCCGUUACAAAAGUACAUUUAUAGAAGAUCUUAAGUUAAGAAAAGCGAGCCUGGUGCGGAGAUCUUCUCUAAGUUGUUCUCUGGUUGUCCAGCAACUUACGGUCAUGUGUUGUGAGGACAGCUAGAAGCCGUGGCAGAUUUGUUUACAAUGCAAACACAGUAUGUAUGGGUCAAUUUAACAGUAAUUGUGGCCCCUGGUUUUGCAGGCUCCGUGGUCGCUUGUGGUCACGAUGUGGGCCUGUUCAUUACUGCACCGACACCGAUGGAGGCUCUGAAUGGAUCCUGUUUACAUAUUCCCUGUAACUUCACAGCUAAAAGUGACGGCAGCUCUUCCAGUGGAGAACCUGUCGGAGUUUGGAUGAAAAGUGACCCAAGUUUCUCAACAUUUCCACAGAAUGUGAUUUUCAACAGCAGUGACACGACAAACGUCUAUCCCAUGACCAUAACUGGCAAUCUGAAGGAGAAAAACUGCACCACUUUGUUUUCAGGCGUAAACCAAAGUCAUGCAGACACAUAUUACUUCAGAAUUGAACACGGCCAAUUUAAGGCUUCGGCUAUUUGUCAUGCUCUUGAAAUAAAAAUAAAAGAUUCUCCUUGGAGUCCCAGCAUUAAUCUUCCCUCUGACCUGAAGGAGCAUCAGUCUGUCACUAUAACCUGCUCAGCUUUCACUCCCUGUCCACAAUCACCUCCUGAACUCACCUGGAAUCUCCAACAAGACUCUCUCAGACAAACAGAGAAAAACACAGAGGGAAUCUUUACAACUAAAAUCCAGAAGAACAUCACUCUGUCAGACACACAUGAUGGAUACAACAUCAGCUGUUCUGCCACAUAUCCUGUGAUUGGAGGAAACAAAACAGCAGAGACAGAAGUGACUCUCAGUGUUUCAUAUGCUCCUAAAGACACCUCAGCAUCCAUCAGUCCAUCAGCUUUGGUGUCAGCAGGUAGCUGGGUGGAGCUGAGCUGCUCCAGCAGAGCCAAACCUCCACCCAGCUUCACCUGGUUCAGGAACAACAAACAAGGAGCCAUGAACGUAUCUAUGGAGCAGAUUUACAGCUUCAAUGCCACUGAGGGAGGAGAGUAUUACUGUGUGGCUACAAAUCAUCUGGGGAAUGAGAGAUCAUCUGGGAUCUUUCUGAGUUUUGAAGUUUCGUCACAGCAAUUUGAGCACUGGCUGGAAAUUUGCACUGGAGUCAUUACGAUCAUCGGUGUUGGUGUCUGUAUUUGCGCUAUCGUUUGCUGGAGGAGAAAAAAGAUGACAGAUGCAGCCGUACCACGGCUACAGUUCGAAAACAGUAACGAGUCUGCAAGAAGCACAGAGGAGGAAGAAAAAGAACAAACCCUCCAUUAUGGAGAGAUUCAGUUUCUAAAGCGAAGCCCUGAACCAUCCAACUGCAGAGUGGAGUUUAACACAGUCUACUCUCAGGUUAAAGUUCGUGAGCCAGCAAGUCGUUUGAGGCAAAUGGCUGAUGACCCAGAAUGCCUCUAUGCUCAAGUAAGAUGUUAGUGAUUUUAGAUUUAAAAAUUUUUUUUUUACAGGUUUCUAUGUAGUUAAUCUUUUUUAAAAAUACCUCAUGUACAAAAAUUACACCCGAAUGCGUGAAUGCAAUGCUUACACUUCCUCAACAGGAAACUCAAACUCGCACGCUUCAGCUAUUUUUUUUUUUU